AUGGCACGCUCCCUACUCAUCGCGGCGGCGCUCGCGCUCGUCUCUUCUGUCACCGCGCAAUGCGGCUCCGGCGCGAACGCAAAGGUAACAGGCUCUGGUAGCUCUUUCACAGCCACCAAGGGCUCGUCUACGGUAUACACUGGCUCCGACUACCGCGCUGCUAUUCAGGCCGCUGUCGACUCCAUCAGCAGCGGCCAACGCGUCUCGGUCAUCGCAUCCGGCUCCAUCGGUGCCUCCACCAUCACAAUAAGCAGCGGCAAAAUUUUCGAAGGUUGCGGCACAAUCAACACCGCGAGCCGCGCGGGCCAUGGCGCGAUUGAAGUCCUCAACGCCUCAGGCGUGCAGAUCCCGCACCUGACGAUGACGGGGAGCCCGUACUUUGGCUUAAGAUUUUAUGGCACGAAGGAUCUCGUGCUGGGCAAGAUUACGAUGAAUCUAAGUGGCGGGCUAGGCAUUCGAUUUGAUAGAGACCAAGCUGCCAACACGAACGUUAAGAUGGACGUCAUCAAUGUUACUGGAGCAGGCAGCCACGCCCUUGAGACAUGGAACAUCGACGGUCUGACUAUAAACACGGUCAUCGCCAACAAUGUCGGUGAGUCCGGACUCCUGCUGCAGAAAACCACGAAUGCGAAAGUCGGCCUUGUAGACGGAAAUAACGUCGGAGCUGGAACCGGUUACGCUACCCUGCGCUUUGCAAACAACAACGGACAGCUCUCGUCCGGCGCGUACACUACCAACGUUGUCAUUGACAAAGUGGUCUCUCGAGGUGGCGGCCGCGGCGUGUUCUGCGUGAGUCAGUCUGGUGGUGCGACGAUUGGAACUGUAGACCUGGCCAGUAACGGCAACAAUGCUAUUUUGAUCGAAAAUUGCUACAACCUGAGGAUCAAUGGCGGGACUGUCAAUGGAGGGGGUGAAGUCAGGAUCUCGGCGAGAGACGAGUUCCCGAAUACGAAGGACAUCUGGAUUACGCUCAAGGUGGAUAAUACGAGUGUGAAGGAGAGUCCAUGUGGGGAGAAUACGAAUUGGACCCUGAGCGGGAAUGGGGCGAGAAGUAUCUGCUAA